UCGGCUGCUUGUUUGUUCGGUUCGGCUCGGAAAAGGAAACGUGGGAAAACUCUGUGUUGCUUCAGAAGUAAAAGUGAGUGCACGUGCAAUCGUAUUCCAUUAGGGUGGUACUGAAUGGGUGUUGUUUAGCUUUGUAUGAAUGUUUACAUUGAUUGCAAUGAUCAUGAUGGUAUCAAUGUGAUAUGGAGCUAUUAUAAAAAAGUUUGUUUGGAUACAUGGUGAUAAGUGAUGCAACCAAGGAUGGAAUAUAUAACGCAAGCUAUGCAAUGUCGAUUAUCGUAAAUGUAAUCCAAUUAAGUGAAAUUUUCCGAAGCAAUUGGUUUCCACUGAGAGAAGGAAAAUAAGUGUUCAUAAAAUACAAGAAGGAAAUACAACAAUACAACAAAAAAUUAGUGUUUCUGAGCUACGCGAAACGAAGGCAACGUAGUCAUAGAGAAAUGGAAAAUUUGUGUUGACGAAUAAAGUUCAUUAGUGCUCUUCGGUCACAGUGUUGCAACACAAGCGACAGGAUUAUCCAUGGCCAACUUGAGGAUUAUCAUGACCCGGGUGCAUUUCGGAUUAAAAUUCAUCAUACUGAUUAUCGUGCCCUCCAUCUAUGGCCACCACCCGGUGGACAGUGGGAAGGCUAUCAAAGUCAGUGGCUCCAGUACGGCGACGAAUACUUCAACAGACCAACUCACGGCCACCCUCACGCUCAUCCCAUAUGAUGUGGUAGCGCACUUUGUGAACCAGUCCCGGAUAGCGUCUUGCAGUUUCCCCGACCCGGACGUGAAACUCAAAUGGCGCAACCCGAAGAACGUUAUCGUCAGCGACACCAAAGGUCGGGUUCACAUCGAAGAGCAGCUCAGUGGUUCGCUUUCGCUUGUCUUCGAGUUCAUCGUUCGGGCCGACCAGGGCAAUUGGACCUGCGAAACGAACAGCAUUGGGGUCGUGCUGAAAAAAUCCUUCAAAAUGAUAGUUAAUGAGCCAAUCUCGUUCCGGGACACCAACCCUGUCCAAACGGCGGUCGAAGAUAUGGAUGCUACUAUCCGGUGUGAGGUGCGAGGACACCCGGAGCCAUCGGUUUCGUGGGACUUCAAUGGGAAACCAUUGUUUCCACCGAAUGCAAAGUACACAAUGCUCGCAGAUGGAUUACUCAUUAAAAGGGUAUCGAAGGACGACAGCGGCGAGUACACGUGUAAGGCGUUUCAGGUUUCCUCGUCCGGGAGCAGCUUUGAGGAGAAAUCGAUCCUGCUCAACAUCAAACACAAGCCCUACUUUCAUAAACACCGUGGUUAUUUGUGGGGAAACGUCACUUAUGGCUAUGUGGGUGGAGCGGUAAAUUUGACCUGCGAUGCCAUUGCGGAACCACCAGCCACCUUCACCUGGUCGGCCAAUAAUAAAAAGUUUUCCCACAAAAACCACCUCAUCUACAGUGGGCAGCAUGUGUCCAUGCUGCAGAUCGUGGUGAAAAAUAGUACAGUUUUUGGCAAGUACAGAUGCGAAGCCAAAAAUGAGCUCGGUACAAUAUCGCGGGAAAUUCAGCUCCAAGAAGGCACCAAACCGGAGCGUCCCAGCAGGUUCGAACUGCGCGGCGUCAAUUCCGACACGCUGGACAUUGACGUCGGUGCCACGAAGUCACAUGACGUCGAUCCGGACCCCUCGACCAUUAUUGGCUAUCGCUUUGAGCUAAUUCCAACCGAAGAGUACGCCAAGCACCGCAGCUGGGAGCGAGCCCAUCGACGUGACUUUGACGUCGAGGAUGGUGUUACGUACUUGCUGGUGCAUCUGACGCCGGAUACCCGGUACCUCAUCCGGGUGGCAGCACGAAACGCCGCCGGCCUUAGCGAUUGGACCGUGGUGAAAGAAUUCAUCACCCACCCGCUGCAGCCGUACGGGUUCCAUUCCGGUGCUGCCGGACCGGGUACAAGCGCUUUCCUAUUCCUUCGACUGCUGACUGCCCUGGGUUCCUUAUUUCUCCCGACGAUGGUAGAAUUAAAAUUUUAACCAUAGCAGCCAAUAAAAAAAUCAAUCAAAAGACUACCGUGCAAAAAAUUGCAUUCCCACACAGUCACAAACUGACGCCCACAUUGUCCCAUAGCUUCACAAAUCAAACAUGAAGCAGUUUCGUUUAACCAUUGGAUUGAAAUUCAUUUCGAGAAGAAACGAUCAAAGCAGGCAUCCGUGCUCAGUAAAUAAAGUAGGCCACAAUUUUGCGCUUUCUAUGUUUGUUGUCAAACGGACAGUGGAAAAAGCUGUUCAGUUGACUUACUGAGACACAGAGCAGACACGAAACGGUCAAAGGAACAUACUGAUCGGUCGUUAAGGUGAGAUAAGGUAACAUGAAUUUUUCGUACCCCACAUUAGGUAUAAUAGGGAUCAAAAUGAUCACCAGAACCGAAAAAAAUGUUUGAAACAGCAGCGAAGAGGCGAAAGCAAUGAACAAUGUAGCAAUAUGUAGAUUAAUCCGGAAAAUUAAUUUGCUUUUAGGGUUAAAAUCUAUGUGUAUUGAUGAAGCGUGGCAACUUUUGUCCUUGUCUUUUUCUGAGAUAUGUGCUUUGAAAGAGGCUGGUAUAUUUUUAUAAUGUUAAUCAUUGACGACUUUAUGUCCAUGAGCUUCGUUGCUGGUUUGUGAGAGAUAUUAGACCCUGCCUACCCGCAUAUAAAAUAACCAUAAAAAGUGCCUAACCACCGAUUCGGGAUAUCAUUCCAACCAAAUGUGAUAUUGUUGAACCAUUUUUGUCAAGACAUGUGAAUAAUAUAUAAUAUAUAAUAAAUAACGGGGAAUAGUUUUAAUUCGGUGAUCCAAUUCAAACGUCAAAGAUGAAUAUAUUUUCAAAAAAAUAAUAAUAAGAGCAUCCAAAAAUAUGUUAUUACUUCAAACCUUCAUGCUUUGUUAAUCAUAAUUAAGUUUAGAAUUUAAAAACUUCUUUCUAAACAAAAACUACAGUAUUUUCAGACAUU